CGGCCACCGGCGGCGAUGUGCAGACCUCCGGCCACGGGUGGUGCUGCGGCGAAUAUCCUGCUGACCGUCGGCCCGGUGCCCAUCACAGUUGUCGCCGGCGGUUCUGCUAUCGGGGAGUUAGACCUGCGGUGAGAGAUUUAUUGGAAGAAGAACCCCAACUGGAAGCAAACCACGACUGAAGACGAGGGAACAGCAACACGUGAACCAGCCCGAGGAUUGAGAGCAUCAACUAGAGAGAACCCAUCUGACUCGGAGAUUCCAGUGAUUCUGUCGGGAGAAAGUUUGGUUAAAAAUGACAAGAAAUUUGUCUCCGGGAAUCUCAAACACAGCACGCCAGUUUUGCUGUAUCUGUCCAGAUAUUUAAGAAGUGGAGCAAGGGAUUCACUCGAUCAUCCUUCCUGCUCAGACUGUGGGGAGGGAUUCACUCGAUCAUCUGACCGACUGGCACACCCGUCAUUUUACACAGGGGUGAACCCGUUCAUCUGCUCAGACAGUGGGAAUGGAUUCAGUCGGUCAUCUCAACUGAAGGUACAUCAGCUAGUUCACACUGGGCAAGGCCAUUCACCUCUUCUGUGUGUGAGAAGGGAUUCAGUCGGUCUUAUCACCUGUGGACACACCAGUCUGGUAACACUGGGCAAAGGCUGUUCAUCUGCUGAAUUUCUGGGGAAGAAUUCACUCAGUCAUCUGACCUAAUGGCUCACCAGCCAGUUCACACCGGGGAGCGACCAUUCACAUGCUCGGACUGUGGAAAAGGAUUCACUUACUCAUCUAGACUGAAGUUACAUCAGCGAGUUCACACUGGAGAGAGGCCAUUCACCUGCUCAGACUGCGGGAGGGGAUUCACUCGGUCAUCCGACCUACUGGUACACAAGUCAGUUCACACCGGGGAGUGGCCAUUCACCUGCUCAGACUGUGGGAAGGGAUUCACUUGCUCAUCUGAACUGAAGGUACAUCAGCGAGUUCACACUGGGGAGAGGCCAUUCACCUGCUCAGACUGCGGGAAAGGAUUCAACUCAGUCAUCUCAACUGAAGGUACAUCAGCGAGUUCACACUGGGGAGAGGCCGUUCACCUGCUCAGACUGUGGGAAGAGAUUCACUCAUUCAUCCACCUUACAGAGUCAUCAGCGAGUUCACACUGGGGAGAAGCCAUUCACCUGCUCAGACUGUGGGAAGAGAUUCACUCAUUCAUCCACCCUACAGAGUCAUCAGCGAGUUCACACUGGGGAGAAGCCAUUCACCUGCUCAGUCUGUGGGAAGAGAUUCACUCAUUCAUCCACCCUACAGAAACACCAGUCAGUUCACACUGGAGAGAGGCCGUUCACAUGUUCAGUCUGUGGGAAGAGAUUCACUCAGUCAUCCAACCUACUGGUACAUCAGUCAGUUCACACUGGGGAGUAGCUGUUCACCAGCUCAGUUUGUGGGAAGGAAUUCACUCGGUCAUCCUACCUACAGAAUCAUCGGCGAGUUCACACUGGGGAAAAGCCGUUCACCUGCUCAGAAUGUGGGAAGAGAUUCACUGAUUCAUCCACCCUACAGAGACACCAGCGAGUUCACACUGCGGAGAAGCUGUUCACCUGCUCAGAAUGUGGGAAAGGAUUCACUCAGUCAUCCCACCGACUGGCACACCAGUCAGUUCACACACAGGAGAAGCCGUUCACCUGCUCAGUCUGUGGGAAGAGAUUCACUAACGCUUUCAACCGACAGAGACACCAGCAAGUCCACACUGGGGAGAAGCCGUUCACCUGCUAAGAAUGUGGGAAAGGAUUCACUCAGUCAUCCCUACUACUGGUACACCAGUCAGUUCACAGUGGGGAGUGGCCAUUGUCAUGAAUCCCUUGGUUUCGUUUGCUGUGGACUGUCAUUUUAAGAGAGAGAGAUUAAGAAGGCUAAUCAGUCUGAUUUGCAGUUUGUUUACAUCGCUCACAGCUUGUUCACUUUUAACCAAGGGCACAAACAGCGAGAGUCAAAUGGAGACAAAGGAAGAAAAAUGGAAGGAUCGAAACCAGGGAACUAGUGGCAAGGGUCACUGUUUAGAACUAUACUUUGCCCACAAGGGUGGGUUAAUUAUCGAUUCAGCAUUCAUCGAAUGUGUGGUUGUCACCUUGUUUGUUCCAUUGAAGUGGAACAGAUUUGGAAUAUCCUGUGAAGACCACUUAUGUGUUAACCAUUGCCUGGGUUUGGGUGUGGUUAUUCACUUGAAGACGAUACCCCUUGUGACAAGUCACUUUUGGUGAUAAUUCGUAUGUGGAUUUGGAACGACGGCGAAUAAAAUCUACAGCGACUAUUCUCUUGUUUUACCACCAUGGGACCUGUGGAAUUCGACAUAAUUGCCUUCUCUUGACAUUUACCCUGGAUUACAAAUAUCUCUCUCAUCACCUAUUCCAUGGGUGAACUGAACUUUCAUACUUUACCAUCUCAAGACUCUAAGCCUUGUUUCCCCACAGCUCAAUAUUUUGUGAGUUAUAUUUAAACACAUAUAUACACAUAAUACUGUUCACUUUUGUUUAUCUUGCUUAGGUUACUAUAUUAUAAGUAGAUACUCGUAAAGACAGUGGUUUUAACAUCAAAACCAGACUCCAGGUGUAGUCUACUGCUGCUGGUUUGUUUCUAAAGCGUUAUGGUUCGUAACAAAAUUGAGACCUGCGUUCGGGAUAUGAACAAAUUUGGGGGCGUAUUUAUUGAUUAAUUAUUGAUUUUAUUGGGGAAAUCCCUUUUGAUUUAUUUGUGUGUGAAAAAUCAGCAGCAAUGGAUGUUGAUAGAUUUCUGGAAGCACUAGUCUCUGAGGCAUGAGAGGAUGCCAGAAGGAUUGGGUUGUUGAGUAUUGCUAAAGGGUUAAAAUUUGCUAAGGUGAAAUUGACAAUGAGGAGGGCACAGAGAAGCAGAAAAACAGAGAAGAGGCAGAAAACCAGAGGGAGGAAGCACAAAGACGGGCUGUUUGAGCUGGAAAAGAUGGAGAGAUUGCAGCAAAGGGGUCUGGCAUUAGACUCUGGUGAUAAGUUUGAGGCCAGUUGGGAAGUUAAAUUGGUACCUCCAUUUGAUGAGGCGGAUGUUGAUAAAUACUUUCAGCAUUUUGAGACGUUUGCUCAGAGUAUAAAGUGGCCAAAAGAGGGUUGGCCUGUUCUCUUACAAAGUGUAAUUCAGGGGAAGGCUCAGCAAGACUAUUCUACUUUGACAGUUGAUGAAGCAGCUGUUUUGGACAUAGUGAAACAGGCUGUCCUCAAAGCUUACGGAUUGGUCCCAGAAGCAAAAGUUUAGAAAUUUGAGGAUAUCUGUUCUAUGGAAUUUGCUUAUGAGAAAUUUGUGUGUUUUGACCACUGGUACAAAUAUAAAAAUGUAAAUGAUGAUUUUAACAGCUUGAAAGAGUUGGUUUUAAUUGAAGAAUUCAAAAGGUGCAUCCCUGAUGACAUAAAGAUGUAUUUAGAUGAAAAGGAUGCUGCCCCUUUGCUGGUGUCUGCCAGAUUAGCAGAUGAGUUUGUUUUAACUCAUAAGGUUAAUUUUACGCCGAAUGAGAGCUUCCAGAAGAGCAGCAGGGAUAACCAGAAAUUAAAGCUGGGAUUAGUAACAAGUGUAAGGAUGAAGGGCAGCAGUUGAAGGAGAAAUAUUCUGGUCUUACUUGUUAAUAUUGUAAGAAAGCUGGUCAUAUGAUGGCUAAUUGUUCCGUCCUGAAGAAGAAAAAGGAAAAGGAGGCAGUCCCAAAUGCCUGUGAUCAGUAUGUUGAAGCACAUAUAAACCCACAGGGUUCUGAACACUCUGUUGAGGCUUAGUUAAGGACUGAGAGGUCUGACCGAGUUAAGAAGGUAUUUGAUCAUUUUAUGUCAGAUGGGUUUGUAUUAGUAAAGGAAGGGUCAACCCCAGUACCAGUGAAAAUUCUUCGAGAUACUGGGCUUCUCAGUCAGUUACGUUAGACAGCGUUCUAAAUUUUGGUGAUGAGACUAACAUUGGUGAGAUGAAUCUUAUUAAAGGCAUUGGGGGUGGCAUGGUUUCUGUGCCAUUGCACAGGGUAACUUUAUAGUCAGAGUUGGUUUUGGGACCUGUUAAGAUUGGAUUAUGCUCCAGUUUACAGGUGGAAGUUGUUACUUUGCUGUUAGGGAAUGACCUGGCAGAUGGUAAAGUUGUUCCUGCAGUGCAGUUGACAACUAAGCCAACCACUGACGACCCACAGAUGGAUUUUUGCAUUUAUCCUUCCUGCGCAGUAACUCGAAGUAUGUCUAAAAAGUCUACCAACACAGAUGGUUCUGUGCAGCAUGAUUCUGAUACCCAUGAUAGCCAAAAUCGGGAUUCAAGUUAUGAUGACUUGUCAGGGACUUUUCUACUUUCAUUGUUUCAACAGGAUUCAGGUAGUAAGUCUGAUGGAAAAGAUUUAUCCCUGUCUUGGAAGGAGUUUAUAGCAGAACAGAACCGAGACCCUGAGAUUGAAGCUUUAAAAGAAACAGCUCUCUCAGAUAAUGAGAUUAAGAAAGUGCCAGUUGGCUAUUAUCUCAAGGGUGGAGUAUUAAUGAGGAAGUGGAGGCCACCUGCUAUACCUGUGAGUGAGGAAUGGGCAAUUGUUCACCAAGUUGUAUUCCCUAAAGUUUAUAGGAUUAAAAUUUUAGCUUUGACCCACAGUAUGCCCUGAGGUGGCUAUUUUGGAGUGAAUAAAACUGUAAACAGGAUUAUGAAACAAUUUUACUGGCCUAAUUUGAGGAAAGAGGUUGUGACCUUUUGCAGAACCUGUCACACUUAUCAAUUUGUCGGUAAACCUAAUCAGGUCACCCCAGUGGCCCCACUCCGGCCUAUAACUGUAUUCGGUAAACCCUUUUCUAAAGUUAUAGUGGAUUGUGUUGGCCCAUUGCCAAAGACUGAAUCUGGCCAUCAGUAUUUGCUAACUAUUAUAUGUACUGCAUCCGGAUUCCCAGAGGCAAUACCUCUCAGAAAUAUUAAAGCUAAAACUGUGGCAAAGGCUCUUACCAAGUUUUUUACCUUAUUUGGUUUACCUAAAGAAAUGCAGUCUGAUCAAGGAAGUAAUUUUACAUCUGGAUUGUUCCAGCAGGUAGUUUAUGAACUGGGAGCUAAACAAAUGACAUUGUCUGAAUACCAUCUGGAAUCACAAGAGGCUUUAGAAAGAUUUCAUUCUACCCUCUAAACAAUGAUUAAGACAUACCUUGUUUAAAAUGGAAAAGACUGGGAUGAAGGAAACAUUUGCUUUUGUUCGCAGUAAGAGAGUCGGUACAGGAAUUACUGGGCUUUAGUCCUUUUGAACUUGUAUUUGGUCAUAGAGUGAGGGGAACUUUGGCCUUGUUAAAGGAACAGUGGUUUGAUGGGGAUGUACAUGUUAACUUGUUAUACUAUGUUUUGAAGUUCAAAAAUAAACUACACCAAGUUUGUAGUCUAGCAAGACAAAACUUAAUGAUUUCUCAAAACAAAAUGAAGUGUCGGUUUGAUGAGUGGGCUUGUGACAGAAAAUACCAGGUGGGGGAUAACGUGCUUGUGCUAUUUCCAAUGUUGACGAAUCCACUUCAGGGAAAAUUCAAUGGACCAUAUGGAAUAGUUUUUCAAAGUAAUGAUGUAAAUUAUGUUAUUAAAACACCCAACCAACGUAAACUAACACAGGUGGUACACAUAAAUAUGAUAAAGCCUUAUUGGACAAGCAGGCACCAUCUGUGUGUGUUGUCAAAAUAUAUGAAUCUGGCAACCCUGAGAAUGAAACAAUUGACUCGUCUAAGGCUACGUCCACACUAGACCGGUUAAAUCCAUAACCAAAGCUUUUUCUCUUCGUUUUGACCCUCUGUCCACACUGAAACGGUGUUUUCCUCCCUCGAAAACAGAGAUUUUGUACAACGCCCUCCAGAGUGUGUAAAUUUGAAAACGCCGAUUGUGCAGUGCAGUGUGGACGGGCUAAACAGAUAUGUUUAAAAACGCUGUCAUGACGUGCCGGAACAGAUGGCGGCAGUGUGGCAUUUCAUUGUUUUCUUGAACGCAACCCCCCACACAACCUAACAAUUUCAGAACAGACAGAAACAAUACUGAAGCCAGAAGAGUUAGAAAUGUACUUACCAAAUACUUUGACCCAUAGCUUUCUGAAUAAAUAAGUAUACUUACUUUGCCCUGUUUUCUGUCCUUGCUUGUAUGAACAGCAAGUACUUCUUUGACAAUAGAUGUGCAACAGCCUAAUGUUACAUCGUAUGGAAAUGCAAGAUAACACUGAUGCAGACAUGUUUUAUACAUGUAACAAGGCGCUUUAUUUGUCGCGGACCCUUCUGGCAAUCCCCCACCUUACUAUUUACCUCAGGAAUUGGGCUUCAAUCCCCUCGUUUAAUUUCCAA